AUGGGCGGCAUAGGAAUCUGGUGCAUGCAUUUCAUCGGCAACCGCGCCAUCGUCCUCGGCAACGGCGAAGGAAAUAUCCAAAUCCUGUACAACGUCGCCUUCACGGGUACUUCAUUGGUACUUCCAGUGGCAGUGCUAUUAUUCGCCUUCUAUGCCGUCGGCGUCGAGGAAAAGGCUGGAUAUAUUCGUAUCUUGAUAGGAGGGCUGUUAACCGGCAGUGCUGUCUGUGGAAUGCACUACGUCGGUCAACUGGGUAUCUCCAACUAUCACUGCUCCUACCGCCCAGCCAAUGUGGUAGGAUCGGCCAUCAUCGCCAUCUUCUCCAGUACGACUGCGUUGGGUAUCUUCUUCCGGUGGAGGGCCUCUUGGACAGAUAGUUGGUGGAGACGUGGGCUUUGUGCUUGUCUUCUUGCUGGUGCUGUCUCUGGUAUGCAUUGGACUGCUACUGCUGGGACGAUCUACCGGGAUUAUGAUCAGAAUAUCUCGACUGGGACACAGUUGUCUAGGAGUCAGGUUGUUAUUAUUUGUGCCGUAUUGGCCUGUGUUGCGUGUGUCAUCUUGUCUGCUUGUGCUAUUAUUGCUGGUAGCAAUCGCAGAAAGUCGACUACCCGUGCCCAUCAGCUUGUUCUCGCUUGUGCUUAUUUCGAUCCCACUGGUCGAGUUAUGGUUACCCCCCAGGCUCUGUUCCCGACGCGCAAGAUCGUCGAUCAUUAUAUCGGAAGGACAUUCAAGGAUGACGACCUCACCCGUACUCACCCAGCCUUCUUGUGGGCUUUUAGGGCUACUCGCAACUGGCCUGUCAUCAAGGAUCUCGUUCCCUUCAUGCGGAAUCGCCUGGAUUCCGAGGGACACGCUAUUCAGCAACAUAUGCUUUCUCGGGGAGUGUUCAUGGACAAGGAGACUGAGUUGCAGACUGACUUUGAUACGUUGUUCAAACAACUCUUCUGUGUUACGGCUCAGGAGCUUUCAGAUGAGCUUCGACAGCCUCUACAGGAUCUGGGCACGCUCUACGACGAUGUCCUGUCCACUGCGAUCCCAGUAUCACGCUUCUCCCGAGCAAUGGGCCGCUCAUCCCUCCGCACUGGCAAGGGCCAGUUGAUGUUCACAGUCCGCCAACUCCAAAAAAGUGAAGCAGCACGAUUCGCCUCCCAAGGAUUCCGAUUCGCAACAAUCGAACAUGUCACGUCAACAAUAUCCCGCCGCAUCCACGUUCCAGAAGCAAGCCUCACCGGCUCCCUCCGCGACAUGCGCGACUACGCCAGCUCAAGUCGCGGCUUCGAAGGAGGCGUCCAUCUCAUCUCCUUCGUAAUGCGCCCAACAGUCCACGACCACUUCGAAAUCCUCACCGUAAAAGGCAUCGGCAAUCCCCUCCCCUCCUCAACCCUCCCAAUUGAAAACCUCCAAGUCCAACACCUCGAACUCCUCUCCCACAUGGAAGGCUGGUCAAUGAACACCUGCCUCCGCUACCUCAAUUCACCCGCCGCAGCGCAAACCUUCCCCAACCUCACCGAAUUCCGCAACCAUUUCUCCAAAUCGAUCUCCACCCUCUCCAAAUCCCUUCCAGAAGACAUGCGCGUGGCAGCCCAACUCUCCGCCCGCCCUCUCCUCGCCCCAUGCCGCGGCCGACCCUCAACGGCCUCAAAAGACGACCUCCCCCGAUCUCAAUGCACCCUCAUAACAUUCUGCGUCGUCGGCACGCUAGACACCCAAGUCCCAAACCCAGACUACAUCUUCACCCCGCUCCGCCUCUUCCGUGUCCAACAACAAGUAAACGACAACACAGCCGACAGAGAAGGCUUCGCCAGAGAACUAGGCCAAGAACUCUUCUGCACAGACGUGCGCUCGGGCUCGUCAGCCACAGAAUUGGAUAUCGCUUCUUCGGCCCGCAUGGCCAUAUCUCGUCUCUGGCCUCAUCGUUCUGGACAUUCUCAUUCGAUGACUUCGCAGGAAUCAUUGGUUGAGCCUGUUGCCACGGUGCUGGGCGAUAUCACUGUUCAGAAGGAGGUUAGGGUGGAUAUUACGAGUCUUAAUGAGACUUCUAACGCCGUUGGUAGUGAGGCGAAGACUGUUGUUGCUGCUGGUGAGGUGCCGACUACGCCAUUGACUUACGUUGAUGAGUUGUAUAGUCUUUGUUAUGCACCUGGGCUGAGGUUGCGGCCUGAUUCUUCAUUGCAUCAGCAUAAUCGCGUUAGUUCGUGA